GGUAUCAAGGAGAGGGGCUGGCAGACGGAGUGACCAACAUGUCCAACGACACUAUUCAUUGGGAGGCAAGAUACCUACCAGCAGGACCACCACGUUUGCUGGGAUGGAAUGUUCCUGCCGAAGAAUUAGUCCAUAUACCGGAACAUUGGCUGGUCCAUCCCGAGCCGAACCCCUCCCUUCAUUAUCUAUUAGCCCUCUUGUAUAUCCUUUUUACUUUCCUUGCUUUACUUGGCAAUGGCUUGGUAAUAUGGAUAUUUUGCGCUGCCAAAUCAUUAAGGACGCCUUCGAACAUGUUCGUUGUGAAUCUAGCGAUUUGCGAUUUCUUUAUGAUGAUCAAGACGCCUAUCUUCAUAUACAAUUCUUUUAACACCGGUUUUGCUCUGGGACAUUUAGGAUGUCAAAUAUUCGCGGUCAUCGGCUCCCUAAGCGGAAUUGGGGCCGCGAUAACGAAUGCAGCUAUAGCAUACGACAGAUAUAGUACAAUUGCAAGACCGUUGGAUGGCAAGCUAUCUCGUGGACAAGUGAUUUUGUUUAUCGUCUUAAUUUGGACGUACACCAUACCAUGGGCGUUGAUGCCUGUAAUGGGAGUAUGGGGACGUUUUGUACCGGAAGGCUUUCUUACCAGUUGCAGUUUCGACUAUCUGACCGACUCUAAUGAAAUACGGACAUUUGUUGCUGUCAUAUUUACUUUCUCCUAUUGCAUUCCAAUGCUGCUUAUAAUCUACUACUAUUCUCAGAUUGUUAGCCACGUCGUAAAUCACGAGAAAGCGCUUCGAGAACAGGCAAAGAAGAUGAACGUGGACAGUUUACGGAGUAACGCGAACACAAAUUCCCAAAGCGCUGAGAUACGUAUAGCAAAGGCUGCCAUUACGAUUUGCUUUCUGUUCGUCCUCUCGUGGACUCCGUAUGGCGUGAUGGCAAUGAUCGGUGCGUUUGGCAAUAAAGCCCUGUUAACACCUGGUGUCACGAUGAUACCUGCGUGCACAUGUAAAGGUGUUGCUUGUUUGGAUCCAUACGUAUACGCUAUAAGCCAUCCGAGAUACAGAUUGGAACUGCAAAAACGACUACCGUGGCUGGAGUUACAAGAGAAGCCGAUAUCCGACUCGCAAAGCACCACAACCGAGACAGUAAAUCCACCAGCGGCCUCGAGUUAAGUUUCCAUCGCAACUUCUCCUCUUCGAGAACAAAAGAUAGCAAUGUAUUCGGCCCUUGCUCGAUACUUUGUUCCCACCCUGUUCAACAUACGCGGUUCUUCUAUAGCGAAAGCAAUAAAGUAAUUUCCUUGCAUAAGUAAUAAUCGUCCUCAAUGUAAUUUACAUAUACGAAUGUACAUACAUGUUAUAUUAUAUACGCAUACAUAUGCAUAUAUAUGUAUAUAUAUUUCUUUUUUCGCAAAAGAAAAUGAAAAAAAAAAGAUAUAAACUGAGAUGGUUUAAAAAUGAACAAUAAGACGAAUAAAUAAAUUGAAGUAAGGAUAGGGAUUACGGAUUUCUUCUUACGAUCGGAAUUUUCAUGUUGGUGUUGGUAUAUGAUUAAUAAAAAAAUACUCCUAAGUAAGGAACAAAAACUGGCAAAUUACAACUUUAUUCAUUUUGUUACAUACUACUCGCCUUAUAGCUACGCGACUCUAGGCCUUAGAGAUUCGAAAAUAAAAGAAUGUACGUGACCAAUCGACUAAAUCCGAUUAACUUUGCGCUCGUCGAUGUUUAGGUCGAUAUUAUGAUAAAGGAUUUUUCAUAUAACUGCAUUGUAUAAUUGAGAAUUGACUGUUAUGUGCUGUACAAUUGGUAUCGUUAGCUGUUUCAUGGAUCGAAUAGACAGACACCUUAAUCUGUCGAUAUUGUGGCUUGAGGCGUAGACGAAAAAUUGUUUAUCGAUUUAGGAAACGUCUGAAAUUUCGGUAUUAUCCUCUUGUAAAUAUAUAUUAAUCGAACCUUUAUAAUUCCUCGAUUAUUCGAUAAAAAAGUGGAUAAAAAGUUAUCUUGCAUUGUUUACGUUUUACGAUAUCUUAUAUCAAUUUGCGAAAGCGUUACGCCUCGGUCGUCAGACUUAUUCCAUUAAAUUAAGCCUUAAUACGAAGUAUUACAAAUUUCGAAACGUGAAACGAAAAAUAAGAAACGGAGAAAAGAAAAAUGUCUUUUUCUCGCCGUACUGCUCUCGUAUAUCGCUCAAGAUCUACGCAACUGUGCAGCCGUUUCAAGUCUCUUUCAUACUAUCUUUUUUUUUUCUUUUUCUCUUUUUUGUAAUCUGGUCAACUUGUCUCGUUGCCACGCGUGUCUAUGGUGUGGCCUUCCCUUUUGUACUAUGUCGAUGCUAAUUCUUCUAAGAUAUAAUUACAACAAUAAAUAAUAAAUCCACGUUCUGUACACCUUUCCUAGGAACUUUCUACUUCCAGCUAUGUUAAUUCACAGAAGACAUUGAUUUACUCAGAAACUCCAAGCGAUUACAAGGUAUCGAGAUCCAACUUCGAAUAACAAGUACAUAAAACAAGUUUGUUUGCAAUUCUUAGAAAAAACGAGAAAUCCCUUAAAGUCGGAUACGAUGAUCAUAUCUUUCUCUCUCUCUCUCUCUCUCUCUCUCAUAAAUAAAUAUAUCGCGGUAACAAUGUGGAACGGUAAAUGUAUUACGUAUUACACGUACAACGAUCAUCGCGUAAUACAAGUUAUUAUCGCUAAGGAUCACGGUUCGAAUAGCUUACGUUAUUUCUUAACGAAGACGAAAGUUUCACGUGAGAAAAUGUGAAAUCAGAUGGAUCUAUUCGGAUGCUUUGAAAUUCUUCUUUCAUGAGAAGCAUCUUCAUAUACGUAUUCGAAAACAAUUACAAAUAUAUUAAAAAAUAGUCGAGGCGUGAACUUCGGACCAUCGGCAUAACAAAGAUCCCCAAAUAGACGCGUCUAUGGGGAAUAUUAACCAUUCUUUUCUUUUUUCCUUUUCCUCCUCGUUAAUUUGCAACUGUACAAUUACUUUGUUUCCCUACAUCUACGAUAACAAUGAAUAGAAAUGCCAUUACAGAGAUAUGUAUUUUUACUGACGGCUCGUCUAAAAAUCUAAGAGAGAACGUCUUUCUUUCUUUGACCAAAUUACAGCGAGAUUCGAACGGGAGAUUUCUUACUUGUCUCGCUUCUCCCGAUUAAAAUUAAAGGAAGCAUAAACGAAAAAAAAAGGAAAUAAA